CUACAAGAUCCGAUUAUCAAGCUUGUAAACUACACGAAACUCCGCUUUGAACUACCGGGCUAAGAGAUAUGAAUCUCGAAGGGCUAUCGGCCAAGGAACAAAUGGACCCUUCUGUCAAGGUAUGGACUGUAUCCAUGCCCUCUAUGUUCAUUGAAACUGACGUUUGCUCAUUAGUCCCAGCUGAUGGGCCGUUCUAUACCAGCUUCGUGGAAUUGGAUUCAUCGCCCCGUUUUCUUUCAUGGCAAGCACGUUCAUCAAUGGGCGGAUAUCCUAUUAUUCAUGGGCCACAAGGAGCUUGCCAGACUCGACAGCUAAGGUCAUUUCCCCCACGGUGGCGGCUGGAUCUAUCCUGCCAACAGUGCUUUUGUUUUUCCCAAUUGAAGAUGCACAGACGCUUCAGUCAAUAGUACCCCUAUGGCAACCAGCGCCGGUAUUUGCCGCUUUCAUGACUGAAGUCCUUUGCCGAGCCAUCGAAUACAUAGGCCGAGGUAGACAGGCCAAGCCCGAUUCUCCGUCAGCAGGUGAAAGAACCGAUUCCGAUUUGCUCCAUUUGCAUGUCUCUAUACAACAACAGGGAUCAUCUCAGCUUGUUUUCAUGACUUCGAUAUUCAGCUACCUGCGUUCUGAAAUUUUCUCCCUCACCCGCCUGUCCUUCUCAGUAGACUCAUUUGCAGCCGUCGUAACUUUAGCGGAGGGAGCUUCCAUAUUUCCUUAAAACGAUUUCCUCCUUGUGGCUGCGUCGACCUUUCUGUGGUGCUGGGUUAGCGUCUGGGAUCUUUACCGGGUCAGAAUUUCCAAUAUAUCCCCGUUGUCAGCAUUGGUCGGGCUGCUUGCAGGUUUUUCAGGGAUUGGACCCGGUGCAACCGCGGCGGCCAUCUGGUUCUGGUACGAACGGAUGAUGAACCAAAGGGAAUUCCGUCAGCGCAGUCAAAAACUUCGCUGUUCU